CUUCGUCUUCGAGACUGCACUAUACCAAAAUCUUCACCUUCGUAUUUCAAUUUGCUCUUAUGGCGAUCCGCAUCUCCCUAGGAUUUUCCGGCUUCGUGGCCCAUAACCUAGCCUCCUCUGCCAAUAUUCACGUCAAUAAUUGCUGUGGCAUCCACAGGUGCUGGGUCAGGUCUCUGCUAUUCGGCACUAACCAGAUUAGUGUCUUGGAUGUGGGGUUCAAUGUGGUUUUUAGCGACUUAAAGGCCCAGUUGGAAGCUCUGGUGACUAACAAUGCUAGAGAAUCAGAAAUCCAGGGAGUCAUUGGUGAAGUGCCUGAUAUUAUACUCAGAUGUGUUAGUCGAGAUGAGGCCGCCUUGGCUGUGGCUCAAAAGGUUUUCAAGGGUUUGUACGAGAAUGCAACAAACCAGAUUCAUGUUGGCGCACAUCUAGCAAUGCUGACUGCGAUUCGUGAUGUUUGCAAGCUUGUCUUUACGCAGCUCAAUAGUUGGGUGAUUUAUUCUGAUGAGGAGCGGAAGUUUAAUAAAGAAAUUACUGUCGGCCUUAUACGCAGUGAACUGCUAAACCUUGCAGAAUACAAUGUUCACAUGGCAAAACUUAUUGAUGGUGGCAAAACUUAACCAGCCUCAGGCACUAGGGAUAUCGGCUGCAUUGAAAU